AUGCCUGCGAAAUCACGAUUCACGCGACUCGACGCCUUUGCGAAGACCGUCGAGGAUGCCCGCGUGCGGACCACCUCCGGGGGCAUUGUUACCCUCGUAUCGCUGCUGGUGAUUCUGUACUUGGUCUGGGGGGAAUGGGUCGACUACAGGCGAGUGGUGGUGGUCCCCGAAUUGAUUGUGGACAAAUCAAGAGGAGAGCGAAUGGAAAUCCACCUGAAUAUAACCUUCCCUCGCCUCCCAUGCGAACUGUUGACCCUGGAUGUGAUGGACGUCUCGGGUGAACAGCAAGUUGGGGUCGUGCAUGGCGUGAACAAAGUGCGAUUGAGCCCUGCUUCGGAAGGUGGCCGUGUCUUGGACGUCCAGGCGCUUGAGCUACACUCAAAGGAGCAGGCCGCUGUGCACCUGGACCCGGACUACUGCGGCGAAUGUGGAGGAGCGCCUCCGCCUUCGACGGCGAAGAAGCCCGGCUGCUGUAAUACCUGCGACGAGGUGCGCGAAGCAUAUGCAGAGCGGCAGUGGUCGUUCGGAGACGGCUCGGGCAUCGAGCAGUGCAGGCGGGAAGGAUACGCGGAGAGGCUCAAUGCCCAACGCAGGGAGGGCUGCCGGAUCGAGGGCGUCAUCCGGGUGAACAAGGUCGUCGGGAACUUCCACAUCGCUCCCGGCCGGAGUUUCACGAGCGGGAAUAUCCACGCCCACGAUCUGGAGAUGUAUUUCGACUCGAAGCUGCCGCCGGAAGAGAGACACACCAUGACGCACGAGAUCCAUCAACUCCGGUUCGGUCCUCAGCUGCCCGACGAGUUCUCCAGUCGGUGGCAGUGGACGGACCACCACCACACCAACCCGCUGGAUGGGGUGACGCAGUCGACCGAAGAGCCAGCCUACAACUACAUGUACUUCAUCAAGGUGGUGUCGACCUCGUACCUGCCGCUGGGGUGGGAUGCCGCGUAUUCGAGUUACGCGCACAACAAACACGAGGUGGCGCUGGGCCAGCACGGCGCUGUGUACGGCACCCAGGGCAGCGUCGAGACGCACCAGUACUCGGUGACUUCGCACAAGCGGUCCCUGGCCGGGGGCACGGACGCCGCCGAGGGCCACCAGGAGCGCGUGCACGCGCAGGGCGGCAUCCCGGGCGUCUUCUUCAACUACGACAUCUCGCCGAUGAAAGUCAUCAACCGCGAGGCCCGUCCCAAGACCUUCACCGGCUUCUUGACGGGCGUGUGUGCCGUCAUCGGCGGAACCCUGACCGUGGCGGCUGCCAUAGAUCGGUUCUUGUACGAGGGGUCAUUGAGGGUUAAGAAACUUCACUCGAAUUAG